CUGUGCGCGCCGCCCUCCACUAGCGUCCUGCGUGGUCAGGACUUCAAACGUGUCCACAUUCCACCGCCGCUAGUCUAGAAGGCUCCAGCGCAUCGAAUAUCUCGCUGUUGUAAUCCUGCUCUGCGCGUCCCCCCCCACUCCGUUGCUCCUCGCCAAGCACCGCUACCGCCAAUCCUUCUUUGUGAGACCCAUUCUGCUCCUCACCCUUUUUUCUCGUCGCCCUCCUGCCCUCGGCUCGGCUCCGCUGGAUCUCCUCGCGCUGCCCCCCUGUUCUCCCCCGUAGCGCGAAUCUAGUACCUCCGCCACUCUUCUCCCGCUCUACCUGCCGCUACUACCGCCCGUCACCCGCGGAUCCCCCCGCCGCCAUGUCGCACCUCCACUUCCUCCGGACGCGCCCCCUUCGUCUCCUCGCGCUCGCCCUCCUCGCGCUGCUAUCACUCGCCGCUAUACGCACCUCCGCCGCCGCCCCCGCCGCCGCGGGGUCCCCCCCCGCAGCUGCGCAGGCGGCGGAGCGCGCGGAGAUGAAGCGCAGGCUGAGCAAGCUAGCGGCGCGGCACCCGGUGCUGGUGGUGGGGCGGUCGUACUGCCGCGAUAGCCGGAGGAUCCGCGCGCUGGUGGAGGGGCUGGCGGGCGAGAUGGGCUUGAGCGUGAUGGCGGUGCACGUGGACAGCACCGCGGAGGGGCCGGAGAUUGAGAGAGCCAUGGAGGCCGUCUAUGGCACCACCGCCAUGCCGCAGGUGUUCAUCGGCGGGCGGUACAUCGGAGGGCGGGACCAGACCAUGGACCUGCACGAGCGCGGCAAGCUCAAGGCCAUGCUGCAUGAUGCUGCAGGCGUGCGCCGGGAGCUGUAGGGAGAGAAAGAGCUGGAUGGUGCUCUGCUCUCGCUGUGAAGUCAGACUUACUAUGUCUGCUGCCAUUAGUGGGGUGGCUGGCGUAGGGAUGUAUUGGAGUACCUCCAGGGAUUGGUUGGAUUUAUGCUGGCCGAUGUGCCUAGCCUUGUCCACUGCAG